AUUACCAGCCAAACUGACUACAGAAGGCUUUGAUUGUGAAUGAAUAAAGGCAUGUCUGCUUCGUAUAUUACAAUAUAGCUCGUGUUUUACUUGAAGAAAUAACAUUAAUACUAGAGAAUCGAAUUGGAAUGGCUGACGAGGAAACAUGUAUCAGCGAAAACGAAAUUCGUUUCACUGUAGAUUUAAUUCCAACAACUCUGACAUUGACUAUCAUCAACUUGGUCAUUUUGGCGGGAAAUAGUUUAGUCAUUAUUGCAGUAAUUACAACAAGAAAAUUACGAACUAACACGAACACAUAUAUAGUGUCAUUAGCGUGCUCAGAUAUUUUGUUAGGAAUUUUUGUGAUUCCUUUCUCAGCAUCUUUAGAAAUCUUGACAUAUUGGCCGUUUGGUGAAGUAUGGUGUAGUAUCUGGCUAGCUAUUGACGUAUUGCUUUGUACGGCUUCCAUUUUGAAUUUAUUAGCUAUAAGUUUUGACCGAUACUUAGCUGUAACUAAGCCUAUACAGUAUGCUAGUGCUAUGUCCAGACGUCGAAGUAAAGUACUUGUGACCUUUGUAUGGCUGUUAUCUUUUGUAAUAUGUAUUCCUCCGUUAUUAGGAUGGAAUGAUAAAACUUCAUAUUCCAAAGAAUCCCCAACGAGAAACGUAACCGCUUACGUUCAUAACAAUUUCUCGUCAAUGGUAAAUAUUGAGCCCAUCGUCUGCAAUAAUACAGCGCCACAGUGCGAACUAAUUUCUACUCAAGGAUACAGGAUAUAUUCCGCUUUGGGUUCAUUUUAUAUUCCAAUGUUUUUAAUGGUUUUCUUUUAUUGUAAGAUUUAUAAAGCCGCAGUUCGAACAACAUCGGCAAUUCGAACAGGAGUUUUAACGGCAAGACAAAACGACGAUGUUAAGAAUGAUGAUCCGAUAAUCCUGCGUAUUCAUAGAGGAAAUUCAGUUGUUUCAAGAUCAUCGGCUUCGUCUCGGUAUUCUCAGAGAACUGGUUCUUUAAGAAGUGCUCUGCGUAAUACAGGAGACAGGUGUGCCCGUAAUAGACAUUGUGUUUAUUCCGAAUGUAACCCGAACGGCGGAAUUCCGAGUAGUAAAGAAAUUGAAAGAAUGCAAUCGAAACGAUUAUAUUUUGAAGAACCAGGACCGGAAGCUGGAAAAGAACCUUUGGAAUAUAUAAAACUAAACAAUAAUACAAAAAGUCCGGAAGAUAGUCCAUUUAUGAAAAGGAGGCGAUCUACCCCAUUUAUAUACGCUAUGAAUAAGAGAAACAUUGAAUCUAGAUCAUUGGCGGCAGUACCAGAAGGACGUCAUAGCAAUAGAAUUCAUAUAAGAAAAAUUUUGAAAGAAACAAAAGCUACCAAAACGGUUGCCAUAAUUGUAGGAGUGUUUACAAUGUGCUGGUUUCCAUUCUUUACAAUGUAUCUAAUAGAGGCGUUUUGGGGCACGCGUGUUCCGUCAUUGGCUUUUUCUGUGAUGUUUUGGUUAGGUUAUUGUAAUUCUAUGUUAAAUCCAUUUAUAUACGGGAUGUUUUCUAGAGAUUUUCGCUGUGCUUUCAGACGGAUUCUUCGAAGGUCUUGUUAUAAAUGUUGUAAGUGCAAAUGUUUUAAACGUCCAAAGAAUGUGGUUGUUCACAAACAUCAUCUUGGAUUUCCGGUCAUUGACUUUGAAAGCACAUCAGAAUCGUAAUAAGGGUCCAGAUAGAGUACUGGUUUACACUGGAUCUCUGAACAUUUGUAAACAUCAAAGAGCUCUAAGUGUACUUCUAUUGUAAAACAAUAAAAUUAGAAGAAAAUCACUACAAAAUUAUAUGUUAUUAAAUGGCUUGUUCUGUGCUUCUGUAGUAUAAAAAAGUGUGGAAUACAAACCUGCUUAGUCUGCAUAAAAUAUUACAUGUGAUAAGCAGUUAUUAUCAGUAAGUUCUAAUACUUUGAUUUCAUUCACUCGACAAUACAAAAUCAAUAAAAAAAAUUCACAAGAGGAGUAAAAAAUAUUAUCAUAUAUAUUAAAGUUUGAGUCAUGCAGUUAAAAACGAUUUUAAGAAUCCCAAUAGAAAUUUCAUUUUUGGCGGAAUUAAUAAUGUAUUAAAUCUUAGAAAUACAAAAGAUUUCCACUAAAAAUUGAAAAGUCCAUCGAACUAAAUUUAAAAUUAAAUUUUAGAAUAUAAAAAAGAAAAAUAUUAAAGUAUUGUUAUUUAAAUGUACAAUUUCUAAAAUUACUUUUGUUUAAUAAAAUAUUCUUUUUAUUUGUACCCUUGGACAAAAAUAUACCAAAAUGUAUGUUUGACAUAAACUUAUAAAUGUAUUAUACAUCUGAAAUUGACAAAUUCAACAAGGUCUCGCUCAUUAACAUUAUGGCAGUCUUAAUGGGAGAGACUUAAAGUCUAAUAUUUUAUGAUUUGACGAUUAAUGUAAAUCAAAAUACCAUAAAAUUCAUGUUUCUCAUUUCAAAUUUAAUUACUCCUGUAUGACACCCCCUCCCCAGAAUCGGUUCAUCAUUUUGUUUUAGCAAACUCAAGUUUACAGAUAAAAAUCUAUACUGCUGUGAAAUUGUCAAUUUCGAAAGAUCACUACUUUACUCUCAUCUGUUAAAAAAAAUCACAUAACUCACUCAACCCAACCAAUUUAAUUUAAUCAGUUAAUUACUAUAUUGUGUUUAAAAUGUCUAACAAUAUAGUCAAAUAAGAUUGCAUGUGAUGUACUUCAUCUGAAUUCUUUAAAUUCGAAAAUUAUAUAGCGCAAGAAAUCUAUCA